CAGACCUCUGAGGUCAUGGCGCUGCAAACAGAGAGGGCAGUCCUUGGCUUCCCUCGCCCCGUAUCCUUCCGCAUGGCUGGAGCCCAGGGGAACGCCUCUCAAGGGGGAGAGAGAGAGAGAAAGAGAGAGAAAGAGGAGAAGAGGAGGAAGAAAGAAAGAAGGAGAAGAAACCCUGCGACGAGCUGGAGAGGCGGUCCGAGCGUGCCUGGUUGCGCCUUGAGCCGCUCGCCUUUUUCUGUCACAACAAAGCGUCGCCUCCUCCUCCUUCCCCUUCCUUCCUCUGACUCUGACUCUUUCCCCACUGGAAUGAUCUCCGUCCACACGUUCGGUUUUUCCUCCUGUUGUUGUUGUUGCCGCAGGAAGAGAGGAAUGCUUGCCUGCUGAGAAGAAGGAGAAGCCACGGCAGGAGUCCAGGGGGGGAAACGAAACAAGGGGGCUUCCGAAGGGCUCCUUUCUGGCCCCCUACCCGCCUUCCCCGCCCCCUGAGAGCCAUGACAUGGCUUGACCUGGAGAGCGCCCCAAGCUGCGCCAAAGGAGUCCCUUGGAUUGCCUUGGAGGACGGCAACAGGGUUGCUGUGGAUGCUGGCAUUGCACAGGACCUGGAGAACAACCUGCUAAUUUUUCAUGGCUGCCGCCGGCGGUUGAUCAUCUGGGAACUUUGCAGCUCCUGACUGUUGACGGGAAACCUUCCCGGAUGUUUUUCUGUGACUUCGUGUGAAUGUGUUAGGGAAGAAAAAUGCCUCUGCCUUUUGGGCUAAAACUGAAACGAACUCGACGCUACACAGUGUCUAGCAAGAGCUGCUUGGUGGCCCGUAUCCAGCUGCUUAACAAUGAGUUUGUGGAGUUUACGCUAUCGGUGGAGAGCACAGGGCAGGAAAGCCUGGAAGCUGUGGCACAGAGGCUUGAGCUCCGAGAGAUCACCUAUUUUAGCCUUUGGUAUUUCAACAAGCAGAACCAGCGCCGGUGGAUAGACCUUGACAAACCAUUGAAAAAGCAACUGGAUAAAUAUGCAUUAGAGCCAACUGUAUUCUUUGGGGUGGUUUUUUAUGUGCCUUCUGUCUCCCAGCUUCAGCAGGAGAUUACCAGAUACCAGUAUUAUCUUCAAUUGAAGAAAGAUAUCUUAGAAGGAAACAUUCCUUGCACAUUUGAGCAAGCGGUUCAUCUGGCUGGCUUAGCUGUUCAAGCUGAUUUUGGAGAUUAUGACCAGUAUGAAUCACAGGAGUUUUUACAAAGAUUUGCCUUAUUCCCUGUGGGUUGGUUACAAGAUGAGAAAAUCCUGGAAGAAGCAACCCAGAAAGUGGCCUUACUUCAUCAGAAGUACAGGGGGCUCCUGCCACCUGAUGCAGAGAUGUUAUAUAUGCAAGAGGUUGAGAGAAUGGAUGGUUAUGGGGAAGAGAGCUAUCCUGCCAAGGAUAGUCAAGGAAGUGAUAUUUUCAUCGGAGCUUGUCUUGAUGGAAUCUUUGUGAAGCACAAAAAUGGCCGGCCUCCUGUCAUUUUUAGGUGGCAUGACAUUGCAAAUAUGUCCCACAACAAGUCCUUUUUUGCACUAGAGCUGGCAAAUAAAGAAGAGACUAUUCAGUUCCAAACUGAAGACAUGGAGACGGCAAAAUACGUGUGGAGAAUGUGUGUGGCCAGGCACAAAUUUUAUAGACUAAAUAAAUGUAGCCUAGAUUCCCCCGAUUCUCCGCCUGAGGAAGGCUCUCAGAAAUCUUUCCUCAUUCUUUCCUUUCCACGCUUUCCAAUCCUUUCUCGUCCUUCUCUACCCAAAGGACAAGCUCAUACAGUGACAGUCAAUCCAGUUAGGAGGCGAUCAUCAUCCAGGCUGUCUCUGCAGCCCAAACCACAACCUUAUAUGAUGACGCCAGCCCCACCUCAGUUACACUACAACGGACACUUCGCAGAGCCAUAUACAUCUUCACAAGAUAAUCUCUAUGGGAAUAAUCAGAAUGGCUAUUAUUGCCACUCUCAGACCAGCCUGGAUAGAGCACCGCAUGAUUAUAAUGGCAGAAUCCGCAACGGCAGCGUCUACAGCGCUCACAGUACAAACUCCCUGAAUAACCCACAGCACUAUAUGCAGCCAUCACCCAUGUCCUCCAAUCCAAGCAUUACUGGCAGUGACGUCCUCAGAUCUGAUUAUGUCCCGUCACAUCGGCACAGUGCCCUUAUACCACCUUCUUAUCGGCCUACCCCAGAUUAUGAGACUGUCAUGAAGCAGCUUAACCGGGGAAUGAUACAUUCAGACAAGCAGAGUCAUUCCAUGAGAAACCUCAACAUUGGCAAUUCAUAUGCCUACAGUAGGCCCGAUGCUAUGGUGUAUAGCCAGCCUGAAAUUCGAGAGCAUGCUAAUUUCACUUCACCUCAUUCUGGGCACUACCCCUUUAAUCUAAAUUACAGUUUCCAUAGCCAAACCCCAUACCCCUAUCCUGCUGAACGGCGUCUGGUUGUUGGAGCUGUCAGUGUUCCUGAACUGACAAAUGUUCAGUUACAGGCUCAAGAUUAUCCUGCACCAAACAUCAUGAAGACGCAAGUAUAUCGCCCUCCUCCUCCUUAUCCCUAUCCUAGACCAGCCAACAGCACCCCGGACCUCUCCCGACACCUCUAUAUCAGCAGCAGCAACCCUGACCUCAUCACCCGACGAGUUCAUCACUCAGUCCAGACAUUUCAGGAAGACAGUUUACCGGUUGCACAUUCCCUCCAGGAAGUGAGCGAGCCUUUGACAUCGGCCCGGCAUGCUCAGUUGCAGAAGAGGAACAGUAUUGAAAUUGCUGGUUUGGCCCACAGCUUUGAGGCCAUGAGGAUGAAAGAGAGGACCAUGUCAGCCUCAGCUGCAGAUGUAGCCCUGACAAGGGUGGUUCCCGCUGGAUCCCAGCCCACCGUUUUCCUGGAAAGAACAAAGCAAGAGGAAAAUGAGGAACAAGAAGAAAAUGUGAAUUAUGGGCAUAAGAAGUCUCUUUCAGAUGCCACCAUGCUGAUUCAUAGCAGCGAGGAAGAGGAGGACUUUGAAGAAGACAGCAAGACAAACACAGCACUCUCCCCAUUCAUUGAUGGGAAAUCCCAGCUUCCUUCUGUCAUGGGUUGUUACCCUCCUGAAUCCUUAUUGAACUAUCCUUACAGUUCCAUUGCUCCCUCUCCUGGACCUUUACAUAUCCAUGAACCUAAGUUACAUAUUACAGAGACCGAGAAGAGGGUAAAAGAUGUGAUCCCCACUCACAUCAUGGCUGACACUCAAGUACAGAGGAGAGGUGAUGGGAUGUUGACCCCAUCUGUAUCUGAAUCUGAUCUAACAAUGUGCACAAGGUACAGAGUGCGGAAGGAUUCUGUAAAGAAGAGGCCUGUAUCUGAACUACUUUCGGGGAAGAAGAAUGUAGUCGAAGGUUUACCUCCUUUAGGGCAGGUCAUGAAAAAGAACAGAGCUGAAGCAAAAAAAAUAGGACCUUUGAAGUUAGCUGCUCUCAAUGGACUGACAUUAUCUCGACUUCCUCUGCCAGAUGAAGGAAGGGAGGAACCCACCAGAGCUACAAAUGAUGAACGGUGUAAAUGUCUGGAACAGCGGUUAGAACAAGGAAUGGUGUUUACAGAGUAUGAACGUAUCCAAAAGAAAAGACUUAUGGAUGGCGACUGUUCCAUAGCCCGUCUCCCAGAAAAUGCAGAACGGAACAGAUUCCAAGAUGUACUUCCGUAUGAUGACACUAGAGUAGAGCUGGUCCCUACGAAAGAAAAUAAUACAGGCUAUAUUAAUGCUUCCCAUAUUAAGGUCUGUGUUGGGGGUAUGGAGUGGGAUUACAUUGCUACCCAAGGCCCUUUGCAGAAUACGUGCCAAGAUUUCUGGCAGAUGGUGUGGGAGCAAGGGAUUGCCAUUAUAACCAUGGUGACAGCAGAAGAGGAGGGUGGCCGAGAGAAAAGUUUCCGAUACUGGCCACGGCUUGGCUCGAGGCACAAUACAGUGACAUAUGGGAGAUUUAAGAUUACCACCCGAUUCCGAACAGACUCCGGUUGUUAUGCAACAACAGGUUUGAAGAUCAAGCACCUCCUCACAGGGCAAGAGAGAACAGUUUGGCACCUCCAGUACACUGACUGGCCAGAGCAUGGCUGCCCAGAAGACAUAAAAGGAUUUCUAUCAUACCUGGAGGAGAUACAGUCAGUGCGGCGACAUACAAAUAGCACUGCAGAUCCAACACUUCCAAACCCCCCUCUGCUAGUGCAUUGCAGUGCCGGUGUGGGAAGAACUGGAGUGGUCAUCUUGUCAGAGGUCAUGAUUGCCUGUUUGGAACACAAUGAGCCUCUAGACAUCCCCAGAAUGCUGGACAUGCUGAGACAGCAAAGGAUGCUGAUGGUGCAGACGUUAUGCCAGUACACAUUUGUCUAUGGAGUUCUUAUUCAGUUCCUGAAGAGUUCAAGGCUUAUAUAAACCUUCCUCACUCUACUUCCAACGUUCAUUCUUUGCAAGUUUACAAAAAACAGAAAUCUGCCUUCCGUGGGGGCAAUCUUCUUGGCUUGGGUUGAAGAUGCUGAAUACCAGUCAUCACUGUUGGUCCUGACAAAAGAAGACUUUGAGUGGAUGGGCUUCUCUGUUUGUUCACAAUGCAUUGGCAGCUGGAAGAAGAAAGGAACGAGUGUGGCUUCUGGAAUAUAGAUAUGUACUGCAAUGCCGUGUUUUCCAUGUGCUUUAUAGUGUUACAGUAAGAAAACCUAUCAUACCAAAAGAACAUUGCCCAAUACUGAAAAUUAUUGACAUUCUAAUUUUAUAAAAACCCAUUUGGAGAGGAAAGAGAGGGAAAAUGCUGAUGCUUUACCAAUGUAUACUUGUAGAUACAUUAUAUGGGAAAGGUGUUUGCUCUGCACAUAUCAAGAUCACAAACCGCAAUCACUUUUCUCCAAAUUUUGUAUUUCAAUCAGUCCUAAUACAUAUAUAAAAUGCUUGCGAAUUGUACAGAUUUCAUAUUGGAAAUAAUAUCACCAAGAAGCCGUUAAAGCUAUUUAAGGCAGUUAGUUUUGCAUUUAGUGCUUUUUUGCUGCUCUGCUAAAAAACAAAACAAAACUGUGAACAGCACAGUAUUUCAGCACAGUGUGUGUGUGUAUGUGUUUAUAGAGAGAGAGAGGGAAAGAGAGAGAGAGAGGAAGUAAGAAAGGGGUUAAGCUUUUUGGGGGUUUUUUUUGUCGUGUCAGGAGUGAUUGCAAGUUGCUCCUGGUGUGAGAGAAUUGACCAUCUGCAAGGACGUUGCCCAGGGGACGCCUGGAUGAUUUUGAUGUUUUUAUCAUCCUUGUGGGAGGCUUCUCUCAUGUCCCUGCAUGAGGAGCUGGAGCUCAUAGAGGGAGCUCAUCUGCCUUUCCCCGGAUUUGAACCCGCGACCUGUCGGUCUUCAGUCCUGCCAACACAGGGGUUUAACCCACUGCGCCACCGGGGGCUCCUAGGUUUUUGGUUAAGGGGAGGGAAUGGCACGAGGUAAUGUCUCAUAUUAUUUGAGGCAUGGUGAAAAAAGGAAGGAAAUGUAUUCCAAGACCUAUAUUAGGCAAUACAUUUGGGGGUAAUCUCGUGGGUAAUAAAGUAAGACAGAAAAAGCCAGGAGAAAUGGUUAUAGCAGGAGAAGAAAUGAAAGGAGUAUGUUGUUUGCCUACAUUUUUAGGCCAAAAGAAUAGGUGGGGAAAGUAUUACGUGAUGCUAAAUUGUUCGCCACGAGUUCCAAAAGAAACCAAAAUGAAAUGUACGCUCAGUGUAUUCAUUUAUUCACAAGACGGUUUUCUACUACUAGUUGAAAUCAAGGUGGAUACAAAUGGUAUUUAAGCACUUUCCUGCCUUUUAUUUCUCUAGGGAAUUAUUUUGGUUGUAUCAAUAUGUUGAAUUGAUUAGCAUACCAGGAGACUUCAGAGGAGCUUUUUACAAAGAUGUGAGUGAGUGGUGACUUGGUUUUGAGGAUUGGUAAUUGAGGAAAUUGUAUGUGAGCCGGGAGAGUGCAAGUGUGGUUAUUGGUUUGCGUGUUUUUAGUGGAGAAGCUGCAGUAUUAUAUGUACAGUAGAGUCUUGCUUAUCCAACAUAAACUGGCUGGCAGAACAUUGGAUAAUUUUGGAAAAUGUUGGAUAAUAAGGAGGGAUUAAGGAAAAGCCUAUUAAACAUCAAAUUACAUUAUGAUUUUACAAAUUAAGCACCAAAGCAUGAUGUUUUACAACAAAUUGACAGUAAAAGCAGUUAAAUACAUAGCAACGUUAUGUAGUAAUUACUGUAUUUACGAGUUUAACACCAAAAUAUGACAAUGUAUUGAAACAGCUGUGUUGGAUAAUACAGAAUGUUGGAUGAGCGAAGGUUGGAUAAGCGAGACUCUACUCUGUGUGUGUGUGUGUAUAUAUAUAUAUCUCCUAAUGAAUAAAAUCAUGAAGUAUCAUAUUGUUAUAUAUUUAACCCCCCCCCCCCCCCCGGAUGAUAUCCCUAAGAAUAGACUCUUCCAUAGAGUUGAGGUGAGAUUACAAGGAGCUAUAAUUUUUGGGACGUCUAAUUGCCUUCCUUGGGAUCUCUGGGAGGUUUAGCCAUGAUAAAUGCUCUGAUUGGGUGGCAAAAGCCUAUAGAAAGCAUAUUCAUCAAGAGCAACAAGAAUAUCACUAGGUUAGAAAAAAUGCUUCACGAUAUCUUUCAUUGGGUUAUUGAGAUUAUUGUACAUUGUUUAGCCAAUCACCAAAUUGAUCUGUUUUUGAGGGGAAGAGAUCCAGGUAAAGCUUUGUUUUCAACAUUAGCCAGGAUUGUUCCCAACAAAGUGAGAUUAGACUUCUGCCAUUGUGGAUGUGUUUUGCUGGUUUAAGAUUGACGGCCAGAAUAUUCAGACUGUUUUUGAUGUCGGUGAUGCUAAUUAAGUAUUGGACAGACUCUUGUCAUCUCUGUUAGUGACCCGUCUGGGUCAACUAGUUUUCCAGUUUUCAAGUCAACCAUUCGAUUUAUUAAUUUCUGUAACACAUUCAAUUGAGUUGUGGCAUUUUGCCUGCAUUCCUUGAAUCAGCAAAUCCAUUCAUAUACUCUGAAAAUGCUACAUUUCUGGCAGAGCUUUCUGGGAAGCUUGAAGGUAUCACAGAAAGGUUUGGAACUCUUCUGCAGGCUUUCAUGGUUAUCAGAAGUAUGGUGUGGUAUUCCUAAGCAUGCAUUAAAAAACUCCCAAUGACGCAGGCCUGCACAACCCAUGGCCCUCCAGGUGUUUGGGACUCCAACUCCCAGAAGCCAUAGUCCGCUUGUCUAGUGCUCAGGAAUUCUGGGAAUUGAAGUCUAAAACACCUGGAGGGCUACAGGUUGAGCUCUCAUGAUUUGGAAAAAGUUGUUUUCAAUUUUAAAUCCUAGAUGGCAUCCCAUUAGUGGUAUGGUCAUGUGUGAGUUUCUCUUACACAUAGGGCACUUUGAAGUUUGCUCCAUCUCUUGCAUCUCCCCAGACCUACUGUCCAGCUUCUGAAGGCCCUUAUGUGGCCUCAUUGCAGUGUAGAAUGGGGCUUUGUCUCAUGGGGUCCAGGCAAGAUCCUAGAGCACUUGGCUUUGUCUCUAUAGCUAGACAUUCUCCAAUUCUUCUAAUCCACAUUGUGGAUUCUUCCCUUCCACCUGCAGGAGCAUAAUUCGCUGAGCUCAAUUAGCCCUUUUUGCUGAAGUCAUCACCCUGAUUUUGGCUUGUACGUACCAUAAAAAUUACUACUCAUAUCCACAGUUGUGAGUAGCUUUUCAUGUAUUGUAACCAAAGUGAUCAGUUUUGUGUGUGUGUAUGUGUGUGCGUGUUUGCAUGUGUUUGCUACUGUUCAAUAGCUAAUUUCCAAACCAGACAUAUAAGCUAUAAGGUGAGGAUCUUGGGAGCCCUACUACAUAUUAGCACAAUGCACAGGAAAAGGUUAGAAACCUUAAUAGCACAUUCUGGUGCUGUCCAGUUUAGAUACCUAGAGAAUUAAAAGUGUGCUCCUUACUUAGGUAGUGGUGUGGGAUUAUUAUUAUUAUUAUUAUUAUUUGUUCCUUACCUUCCUAACAGGAGUAGCCUGGGUUUGAGGAUAAAACUACUUUUGCAAACCACAAGAGUACUUUAUGAUGUCAACAUGGGCAAUGCUACAAGGGCAAAAUAAGCCUUUAUCAAGUAUGUACCAGAUGUUUUAGGGGCCUAAGGGGGUUCUUGGUUGUGGCUGUUGUCGCUACAAUGUGCUAGGGACCAGUUUCUUUGGCAUUCCUUUGCAUCUGUCUGUUGACAUGCAUUUUGAGGGAUGUGCAAGCUCUUAUGUGGAGUGUGUUGGGUCUUUAACAAGAGCGGGAUCUCUUGCAGCAGAUGGAGAAAGAGUUGGGAUCCUCAGGUCUAACACUGUACCGUUCCGAACCCUUUUGUUUUCAUGAUUUUGGAAGCUUUGGAAGUUGUUUAGGAACUUGGAUGUAAGGCUAUUGUGGAAUCAGGUGUUUUCAAUUAUGCCUUCAAAAUAAUCCAGCUUGAAACCUUGAACUGCUGUUCGUGAUCAGAUUGGAAAGUGUUUGGGUACACUUAGGGGCCAGCUACACUAACCAUGUAAUGCAGUUUCAAACCAAAAUUGAAGGAAGUGGUUUCAUUGUGCAGAUAAUUACAUAGAGAGUCCUGGAAUAAGUUUGAGGCAUGAAUGUUGAUUACACAAACUACAGAGCACUGAUGCGCAUUGAGUGCUUUCUUUUGUGUGCUUUUGUGGGAGGUUGUAUGUUUGCAGCUACCUUGGAUUUAUUGAAGAGUCUUGAAGUGGAGAAGAAAAGAUGUUCAAAUACAUAAACUAAUUAGCUCUUAUCCUUUGGAUGAUUUUGUUGUAUUACACAGCCCUUUUGGGCCAUGCCAUUGUGUCAUGGUGCCCUGUGCACCCUCCUCCCUCCUCUCAUCACAUGAUGGAGAUCCUUUCCCUCCCCAUCAGAUGGCAGAAAGGGCGGCAAUGUCUGGCAAUGUGCGUUGCCUCGUUGCCCUUUCUGCCAUCACAUGGCAAAAAGGGGAGGAAAUUGCAAACAACACUUUCCUCCCCGUAGUGGUGGAGCCUCCACCCCACUUUAGGAGGAAUGUGGGUGGGGCUUGCCAUGCAUUGUGUGAUGGCGCACAGCAGGCCCCGUCCAAACCACACACCAAAGUAGCAAAACGGGGCAAAAUUGCUCCAUGUGAAGAGGCCCUUAGAGCAUCCCAGGACUCGGAAGUAGUUUGAAAACAACUAAAAAAGAACUUCUGGAACGGUUGGGGGAAAAAGAGCCAGUUAGUUUAUUUAGCUCAUUUUCUUACAUUUAGCUCAUUUUCUUACAUUUGUAGCACGAUCUCCUUUUCCUGAAUUGUUUCAUUUGCUACUAAGCAUGAGAAUUAUUUCCCAAUAUCAGGAAUUCUGGGGAGCCUACAUGGAUUGUAUAAAAAUAAAAGCCAGAAUCUUACCAGUAGUCCUUGCUAGAGCCAGCGGAUCAACUUGAUUCACCUACGUGGUGAAUCUGGCAGUGAAUUGAACAGGUGUACUCUAAUUGAAAGUAAUGAGGAUUUCAUCCAAAAAGUCUUUUGGCACCAUUAAAGACUGUAUUAUUGGAUCUUA